CACUAGCGCAGAGUGAGACUCAUCAGCUGGCAAGCAGGGUUCAGUGUCUCUGGGUUCAGGAAUCCUUGGGCAGCAGAGGGGACUUGCAUCUCAGACCCCAUCACUGCCCCCACCCCUACCUGGUGGGCCACUGAGUGAAGUCCAUGGACUCGGGAGAGCCAAGCCUGACAGCUCCCUUGUCGGUCCAUGAGGGCCCAGUGCCCUGACCCUCCUGCCUAGGCUUCUGCCUUUUCUCUGUGUCUUUGGCCAGCUGGGGGAAGGGGUAGAGGCCAGGUGAGCAACAUGGCCCAGAGCAAGAGGCACACAUACAACCGGACGCCCAGCGGCAGCAGGAUGAGUGCAGAGGCAAGUGCCCGGCCUCUGAGGGUAGGCUCCCGCGUAGAGGUGAUUGGAAAAGGUCACCGAGGUACUGUGGCCUAUGUUGGAGCCACACUGUUUGCCACCGGCAAAUGGGUAGGCGUGAUCUUGGAUGAAGCAAAGGGCAAGAAUGAUGGAACUGUCCAAGGCAGGAAGUAUUUCACAUGUGAUGAAGGGCAUGGCAUCUUUGUGCGCCAAUCCCAGAUCCAGGUAUUUGAAGAUGGAGCAGAUACCACUUCCCCAGAGACACCUGAUUCUUCUGCCUCAAAGGUCCUCAAAAGAGAGGGAGCUGAUGCCAGUGCAAAGACCAGCAAGCUGCGGGGACUGAAGCCUAAGAAGGUGGCACCGACAGCCCGAAAGACCACAACUCGGCGGCCCAAGCCCACUCGGCCAUCCAGUACUGGGGUGGCUGGGGCCAGCAGCUCUUUGGGCCCUUCUGGCUCAGCAUCAGCAGGGGAGCUGAGCAGCAGCGAGCCAAGCACCCCAGCUCAGACUCCACUGGCAGCACCCAUCAUCCCCACACCAGCCCUCACCUCUCCUGGAGCAGCACCCCCACUUCCUUCCCCCUCAAAGGAGGAGGAGGGACUGAGGGCUCAGGUGCGUGACCUGGAGGAGAAACUGGAGACCUUACGGUUGAAGCGGGCAGAAGACAAGGCCAAGCUGAAAGAGCUGGAGAAGCACAAGAUUCAGCUGGAGCAGGUUCAGGAAUGGAAGAGCAAAAUGCAGGAACAGCAGGCGGACCUGCAGCGCCGCCUCAAGGAGGCCCGGAAGGAAGCCAAAGAGGCACUGGAGGCAAAGGAGCGCUACAUGGAGGAGAUGGCAGACACUGCUGAUGCCAUUGAGAUGGCCACUCUAGACAAGGAGAUGGCCGAGGAGCGGGCCGAGUCUCUGCAGCAGGAGGUAGAGGCCCUGAAGGAACGUGUGGAUGAACUCACCACAGACUUGGAGAUCCUCAAGGCUGAGAUUGAAGAGAAGGGCUCAGAUGGGGCUGCAUCAAGUUACCAGCUCAAGCAGCUUGAGGAGCAGAAUGCCCGUCUGAAGGAUGCCCUGGUGAGGAUGCGAGAUCUUUCUUCCUCAGAGAAGCAGGAGCAUGUGAAGCUUCAGAAGCUCAUGGAAAAGAAGAACCAGGAGCUAGAAGCUGUGAGGCAGCAGCGAGAGCGCUUGCAGGAGGAGCUCAGCCAGGCAGAGGGCACCAUUGAUGAGCUCAAGGAGCAGGUGGACGCUGCUCUUGGUGCGGAGGAGAUGGUGGAGAUGCUGACUGACCGGAACCUGAAUCUGGAAGAGAAAGUGCGGGAACUGAGGGAGACUGUAGGAGACCUGGAAGCCAUAAACGAGAUGAAUGAUGAGCUGCAGGAGAACGCACGGGAGACAGAACUGGAGCUGCGGGAGCAGCUGGACAUGGCGGGUGCCCGUGUGCGGGAGGCACAGAAGCGUGUGGAGGCAGCUCAGGAGACAGUUGCAGACUAUCAGCAAACUAUCAAGAAGUACCGCCAGCUGACUGCCCACCUACAGGAUGUGAAUCGGGAACUGACGAGCCAGCAGGAAGCAUCUGUGGAGAGGCAACAGCAGCCACCUCCUGAGACUUUUGACUUCAAAAUCAAGUUUGCUGAGACCAAAGCUCAUGCCAAGGCAAUCGAGAUGGAGUUGAGACAGAUGGAGGUGGCUCAGGCCAACCGGCACAUGUCCUUGCUGACAGCCUUCAUGCCCGAUAGUUUCCUUCGGCCAGGAGGGGACCAUGACUGUGUCCUGGUGCUGCUGCUCAUGCCUCGUCUCAUCUGCAAGGCAGAGCUGAUCCGGAAGCAGGCCCAGGAGAAGUUUGAACUAAGUGAGAACUGUUCAGAGCGGCCUGGGCUGCGAGGAGCUGCAGGGGAACAGCUGAGCUUUGCUGCCGGGCUGGUGUACUCUCUGAGUCUGCUGCAGGCCACACUACACCGCUAUGAGCAUGCCCUCUCUCAGUGCAAUGUGGAUGUGUAUAAGAAGGUGGGUGGCCUCUACCCUGAGAUGAGUGCCCAUGAGCGCUCCUUAGAUUUCCUCAUUGAGCUUCUGCACAAGGAUCAGCUGGAUGAGACUGUCAACGUUGAGCCCCUCACCAAGGCCAUCAAAUACUACCAGCAUCUGUACAGCAUCCACCUUGCCGAGCAGCCCGAGGACUGUACUAUGCAGCUGGCCGACCACAUUAAGUUCACCCAGAGUGCUCUGGACUGCAUGAGUGUGGAGGUGGGGCGGCUGCGCGCCUUCUUGCAGGGUGGGCAGGAGGCUACAGAUAUUGCCCUUCUGCUCCGGGACCUAGAAACCUCUUGCAGUGACAUCUGCCAGUUCUGCAAGAAGAUCCGAAGGCGAAUGCCAGGGACAGAUGCACCCGGGAUCCCAGCUGCGCUGGCCUUUGGAUCACAGGUAUCCGACACACUCCUAGACUGCAGGAAGCACUUGACAUGGGUGGUGGCUGUGUUGCAAGAGGUGGCAGCUGCCGCUGCCCAGCUCAUUGCCCCGUUGGCAGAGAAUGAGGGGCUGCCUGUGGCUGCACUGGAGGAGCUGGCUUUCAAAGCAAGCGAGCAGAUCUAUGGCAGCCCCUCCAGCAGCCCCUAUGAGUGUCUGCGCCAGUCGUGCAGUAUCCUUAUCAGCACCAUGAACAAGCUGGCCACAGCCAUGCAGGAGGGCGAGUAUGAUGCAGAGCGACCCCCCAGCAAGCCUCCCCCAGUGGAAUUGCGGGCUGCAGCCCUGCGUGCAGAGAUCACAGAUGCUGAAGGUCUGGGUUUGAAGCUUGAAGAUCGAGAGACAGUCAUCAAGGAGUUGAAGAAGUCACUCAAGAUUAAGGGAGAGGAGCUGAGUGAGGCCAAUGUCCGGCUGAGCCUCCUGGAGAAGAAGCUGGACAGUGCUGCAAAGGAUGCAGAUGAGCGUAUCGACAAAGUCCAGACACGGCUGGAGGAGACCCAGGCCCUGCUGCGGAAGAAGGAGAAAGAGUUUGAGGAGACAAUGGAUGCACUGCAGGCUGACAUUGACCAGCUGGAGGCAGAGAAGGCAGAGCUAAAGCAGAGGCUGAACAGCCAGUCCAAGCGUACAAUUGAGGGACUCCGGGGACCCCCGCCUUCAGGCAUUGCUACUCUGGUCUCUGGUAUUGCAGGUGAAGAACAGCAGCGAGCGGGUGCCCCAGGGCAGGCUGCAGGCUCCUUGCCAGGCCCAGGGCUGGUGAAGGAUUCACCCCUGCUGCUUCAGCAGAUCUCUGCUAUGAGGCUGCACAUCUCUCAGCUCCAGCAUGAGAACAACAUCCUCAAGGGAGCCCAGAUGAAAGCAUCCUUGGCAGCCUUGCCCCCUCUGCAUGUUGCAAAGCUUGCCGUCCCACCCCAUGAGAGUCCUGGCAGUGAGCUAACAACUGGGGCACUGUAUCGCAAGACCAGCCAACUGCUGGAGACAUUAAAUCAGCUGAGCACGCACACCCGUGUAGUAGAUAUAACUCGUACCAGCCCUGCUGCCAAGAGCCCGACUGCCCAGCUCCUGGAACAAGUAGCUCAGCUCAAGUCCCUGAGUGACACCAUUGAGAAGCUCAAGGAUGAAGUUCUCAAGGAGACAGUGUCUCAGCGUCCUGGAGCUACAGUCCCCACUGAUUUUGCCACCUUUCCUUCAUCAGCCUUCCUCAGGGCCAAGGAAGAGCAGCAAGAUGACACAGUCUAUAUGGGCAAAGUGACCUUCUCAUGUGCAGCUGGCCUUGGACAGCGACACCGGCUAGUGCUGACCCAGGAGCAGCUGCAUCAGCUUCACAGCCGCCUCAUAUCCUAAGCAACCCCUGCCUACUGUCCCCUUGGUGCUGCUCUGCUAACCCCUAGGUAGAACUGCGUGGGCUAAGCUCCUGCUGCCCGUUCAGCAUCACCCCAGUCCUGCUCCUGCCCUUAACCUGGGUUUGUCCAUUCCCACCCCUGGCCUCCUCCAUGAUUGGCUGGUCAGCUGCUCCCUCUUUCCUGAGGGGCCUCAGGACAUGUGGGGGGGGGUUGGCUUGAGACCCCCACCACUAAAGGUGAGUGAGGUCCCCCGGAUUGAGGACUUUACUCUUUGAUUAAAGCAAUUUCUGCUUCA